GCGCGGCUUAAUAUCCAUAACAUGACAUAUCGCGAACGUCGCAGGAGACAUCAACAUUUCGGUUGAACCAUUUUCAACUGUCCAGCAUGGUCUCGAAAGCGGAACGCCUUGCGCAGCUGCGCGCUCUGAGAGCUGCAGGCAAGACCGGUUUCGAUGCCUACGAAGUGCAAGAAGCCGAGUCAAUAUAUGAGACGGUCGAUGACGAAGGUUACAAGAAGGUUGUCAGGAGUCGUCUCGAUCAAGAUGACUUUGUCGUCGACGAUAAUGGUGAAGGAUACCUCGACGAUGGUCGUGAAGAUUGGCAAGAUGAACGUCAAGCCUCUGACAGUGAGAGCGGCGAAGAUCUUCCCAAGAACAGCAAAGCGGCCAAGAGGAAACGGGAAGAAGACGCAGACCGACAGGAGAAGUUGAACAGUGGGAUCAGCAAAUACUUCAAUCAGAAGCCAGCCGGCGCCGCUUUGAAAGCCAAACCUGUGCGAACGGCGGAGGAUGACGACUUCAUGGCGAGUCUUCUCGGCGAGGUCAACACUAACAUCCAGAGCCGCACUCCCACUUACGGCAAACAAAUGCGGAGCAAUGAUCGCCGCAAGACAAGAGUCCUGUCCCCUGCGCUCGACGAUCAGGAGCGAGAGCACCGACGUGCCAGCCGUCACACCAAUGCAAACAACACGCUUUCAACGACGCCGCCCGUCUCGAACAGACUGCAAGACGACGACGAUGAUAACAUGUACCUCACCGUGCCACAAGACGACGACGUUCCGAUGAGCGAUCCACUUCCGUCAUCACCAGCAGCUCGGGCUGUCGAACGCAAAGCAAAAGCUGCAAUCAAACUGGAAGAGGUAGAGGAAGACGACAUGAUGGAGGUGGCAGAGGUCACGGGUCAUUCCACAUUGAAGAAUGCCAAUGUAAACAUCAAGGGCAGUCGGCCUGUGGCCAGACAUACCAAAAUCGCCUUACCGACACCUAUCAGCUCAUCUCCUGUUGCGGCAGGCGAUGGCCCCGACAUAGCUGCGAUCAGCAAAGUGACCGAUCGACUCAACCUUGUGAGCAGUCCAGCCCCACAGACCGCAUCGGCUGGAAAGCUCUCAGCCAGUGAUGCGCUCGAAGAUGAUGGGACCCUCCGAUUUUUCUGGACUGACUACACCGAGGUUCGAGGCGAGCUCUGCCUUUUUGGAAAGGUGAAGAACCGCAAGAACGACAGCUUCGUUUCCUGCUUUGUGAAAGUCAAUAACAUCCUCCGGAAAUUGUACUUUCUGCCGCGUGAGCACCGACAUCGCAACGGCCGUGACACGAGCGAAGAGGUGGAAAUGGGAGACGUUUAUGAAGAAGUUAACACUUUGAUGGACAGAUUCAAGGUAUCGAUGCACAAAACGAAGCCAUGCACUCGGAAAUAUGCCUUCGAGCUGCCCGGAGUGCCAAAGGAGGCAGAAUAUCUCAAGCUCCUCUACCCCUACGACAAACCCGUGCUUCCCAUGGAUGUUCGUGGAGAAACAUUCUCGCACGUUUUCGGAACCAACACAUCUCUGUUCGAGCAAUUCGUACUGUGGAAAAACAUCAUGGGUCCGUGCUGGCUCACCAUUCAGGAUGGAGACUUUAACGCCGUGAACAAUGCGUCAUGGUGUAAGCUCGAACUCGCAGUCAACAAGCCGAACGACAUUACAGUGUUGGCCGAAACAGAAGCCACAGACACACCUCCUAUGACACUGAUGUCGUUAGUCCUCAAGACCACAUUCAACGAGAAGGAAAACAAGAACGAGAUUCUUGUUGCCAGCAUCAGAGUCUUCGAAGAUGUUUCCCUCUCUGACACAACUCCACCGGACAGGUUGCCCAAUCACACGCACACCAUCAUGCGGCCCUACGGCGAGUACCCUGUUGGAUUCAAAUUGCUGGCGGACAAGCACAAUGGGUCAAUCCGCAUGGAGAAGUCAGAGGCAGCGCUGCUGAGCUUCCUGCUCGCGAUGAUCCAGAGAUAUGACCCGGAUGCACUUGUGGGCCAUAAGUUGGACGACGUAGACUUCAACGUGUUGCUCAGUCGUAUGCGUGAUCGCAAGACUCCCGGCUGGCACCGAAUCGGUCGACUGAAGCGUGCAGAUUGGCCGAAGAAUGUUGGGAAAGGUGGCAGCAGCUUCUACGUCGAGCGUCAAUUAGUAGCCGGCCGUCUGCUCUGUGAUAUUGCAAAUGACAUGGGCAAAAGCAUCAUGCAAGGUUGUCAAUCUUGGAGUUUGGACGAGAUGGUCAAGCUCUUUCUACCGGACGCUCAUACUCGCAGAGAGAUUGACAUCGAGAAACAACUCGCGAUGGCGUCAACCAAGGAGGGCCUCAUGGGCGUUGUCAAGCUAUGCGAGGCCGACACAUACUACAUCGCAUCCAUCGCUUUAAGAAAGCAGCUGUUGCCGCUCACGAAGAUUCUGACGAAUCUGGCCGGAAACUCAUGGGCGAGGACCUUGAGCGGCACACGCGCUGAGCGUAACGAGUACAUUCUGCUCCACGAGUUCCAUCGUAACAAGUACAUUAACCCAGACAAGAUCUUCGGUAAGGGACCUACCAAUCAAAAGCUCGACGACAAUGCCGAAGGUGAGGGAGAAGAAGGAGCCAACACAAAAAAGAAAGACAAGUUCAAGGGCGGUCUUGUCUUUGAGCCAGAAAAGGGUCUGUAUGACAAGUUUAUUCUUGUUAUGGACUUCAAUUCCUUAUACCCCAGCAUCAUCCAGGAGUUCAACAUCUGCUUCACAACCGUUGAACGAGGCCAUCUCACAGAAGAAGACGAAAAAGUUCCGGAUGUCCCAGAGGACACCGCCAACAAGGGCAUUCUCCCACGCUUGAUUCGAACACUCGUCAGUCGAAGACGAGAGGUGAAGAAACUAAUGAAAGACAAGAGCGCCUCUGAGGAACAACGUGCGACCUGGGAUGUCAAGCAACAAGCCUUGAAGUUGACUGCAAAUUCCAUGUAUGGUUGCCUCGGUUAUACCAAGUCUCGAUUCUAUGCCAGGCCGCUGGCUGCCCUUACCACCUCAAAGGGUAGAGAGAUUCUCCAGUCAACGAAGGAUCUCGCUGAGUCGACUCACGCACUUCGCGUCAUCUAUGGUGACACGGACUCAGUCAUGGUAAACACUAACGUGGACAACGUUCUGGAGGCCAUCCAAAUGGGCAAGGAGUUUCAGAAAAGCGUUAAUGAAAGAUACGAGCUUCUGGAAAUCGAAAUCGAUCACGUCUUUCGCCGACUACUUCUCCAUGCGAAGAAAAAGUAUGCCGCGAUCCAGAUGGUGGAGAACAAUGGCGUAUGGGAGUCCAAACUGGAUGUGAAGGGUCUCGACAUGCGACGAAGAGAGUACUGUCAAUUGUCAAAAGAUGUCUCUGGCGAAUUGCUGAACUACUUGCUUUCAGGCGAGGACUCAGAAAAGGUCGUCUCUCAGAUCCACGAUCAUCUCCGCUCUGUCGGAGAAAAAAUGCGUAAUGGUGAAUACCACGUCGCAAAAUACACUAUUCACACCCAGCUCGGCAAGCAUCCCAAGGAGUAUCCAAAUGGAAACUCCAUGCCUUCAGUGCAAGUCGCACUCAAGAAACUCGCCAAAGGCAAACCUGUCAAAGCAAAGGAUGUCAUGGCCUUCGUCAUCUGCGGAGACAGCUCGAGCUCGGCUGAGAAUGCUGCCAAGAAUGCAUAUGAGCUUGACGAGGUCAUGGAGAAGGACAGCGGGCUCAAACCUGACGUUGAUUACUACUUGCACAAACAGAUUCUGCCUCCGGUUGAGCGACUUUGCGCUCCUAUCAGCGGAACCAAUGUCACACUCCUGGCGGAAUGUCUCGGCCUAGACACAAGCAAGUAUCGCGUUAGCAGUGCAAGCAAGGCGGUUGAGCAAAGCAAUGAGAUCACGACUCUGGAUAGUCAAGUACCCGAUCACAUUCGUUUCAAGGACUGUGAUCCGCUCAACCUCAUCUGCCUGGGAUGCAAACAUCACUUCGAAUACCGCGGUUUGAAUUAUUCUCCUCCCGCAGAUCUAGAAAUCGUGACGCCGCUUGCAAAGCUCACAAACUCUGGUCUUACGUGCCCACGGCCAGAGUGCCCGAAACAAAUCAUGACCACUCUCACCGCAUCUGCACAACUCGAAAGUCAAAUACGACGACAUACAGCGAAAUACUACUCUGCAUGGCUUGUGUGUGACGAUUCCGCAUGCGGCGCACGAACAAGACAGAUGUCUGUCUACGGCCACCGUUGCCUUGGUCCUGACGGCCUGGCAUAUGGCUGCUCAGGACGGAUGCGUUUCGAGUAUAACGAGAAAGCCCUCUACAACCAGCUUCUAUAUCUCCAGAGCCUGUUUGAUGUGGACAAGAGCCUUGAGAAACUCUCUGCCGCCGGACUCGGCAAGAUCAAGGCCGAGGGUGGCGACGAAAAAUUGGAGAAGGUCAAGAUUCUGGCUGGCAUGAACCGGGAUCGAUUUGACAUUUGUAAAGAUGUGGUCCGACAGUAUCUCGAUAAGAGUGCUUGGGGUUGGGUCAGCAUGGAUUCUCUGUUUGGAUAUGCGAGGAAGAAUCUCGGAUGAUUCUCGCGAAUGUUAUACAUAAUGAGUGCAUUAUGGAAUGCAGGAAUUGGAGGAUUGGCGUCAAGGCAUCAAAUAGGGAAUGUGGUUUAUGAAUAUAUCAGACGCAGACGAUUCAAAACAAGAAGUUUUAUUUUG